CUCGGACCGUCGCCCGACUCGUCCCCGGCCGCCGCAACGCAGCGCUCCCCAUGGCCUCCUCCUCCUCCUCCCCCUCGCCGGCGACGGCCGCGGCCAGGAAGCGCGCGCUGACGGAGCAGCGGUUCUCGGAGCUCGCCCCGGCCCUGUCCCCGGAGGUGGUCGAGGCCCUGGACCGCGGCGGCUUCCGGCGGUGCACGCCGGUGCAGGCGGCGACCAUCCCGCUGCUGCUGACGCACAAGGACGUGGCCGUCGACGCCGCCACCGGCUCCGGCAAGACCCUCGCCUUCGUCGUCCCCGUCGUCGAGAUGCUCCGCCGCCUCCCCUCGCCCCCCAAGCCCCACCAGGUCCUUGCCAUCAUCAUCUCUCCGACGAGAGAAUUGUCGUCGCAGAUAUACAAUGUGGCGCAGCCCUUCUUCGCGACGCUGAAGGGCGUGUCCUCCAUUCUACUGGUUGGUGGGCUGGACAUUCAGUUGGAGCUCAAGAAAGUGGAGGAAGAGGGCGCAAACAUACUCGUGGGCACUCCCGGGAAGCUGUUCGACAUAAUGGAGCGCCUGGACACUCUGGAGUACAAGCAUCUCGAGAUUCUGAUCCUGGAUGAGGCUGACAGGCUCUUGGAUAUGGGCUUUCAGAAGCAGGUUACCUCAAUUAUUUCAAAGUUGCCAAAGCUGAGGAGAACUGGCCUUUUCUCGGCUACCCAGACAGAGGCAGUCGAGGAGCUUGCAAAAGCGGGGUUGAGGAAUCCUGUGAGGGUCCAAGUUAAGACAGAGGCGAAGGAUGCUGCUCGGCAAGAUCUUGGUCCAUCCAAGACGCCGCUGGGGCUCCGGUUGGAGUAUAUGAUAUGUGAACCAGCAAAGAAGUCAUCACAGCUUGUUGAUUUCCUUGUGCAAAACACUGGAAAGAAAAUCAUGGUCUACUUUGCAACAUGUGCUUGUGUAGAUUAUUGGUCUGUUGUUCUUCCAAUGCUGAACUUACUUAAAGGUUCUCCAGUGAUAGCUUACCAUGGGAAGAUGAAACAGGGCCCACGUGAGAAAGCUCUGGCAUCAUUUUCUGCUCUUUCAAGUGGCAUUUUAGUCUGCACUGAUGUUGCAGCAAGGGGUCUUGACAUACCACAUGUUGAUCUAAUUGUGCAGUAUGAUCCACCUCAAGAUCCCAAUGUGUUCGUACAUAGAGCAGGUCGUACUGCCCGCUAUGAUCAAGAAGGAGAUGCUAUCGUGUUUCUCUUACCGACGGAGGAUGCUUACGUUGAAUUUUUAAAGCUUCGAGGUGUUCCUCUCGUGGAAAGGGAGUGUUCCCCAGAUAUUGUAGAUAUUGUGCCACAGAUUAGAGCAGCUGCAUUGGAAGAUCGUAAUAUCAUGGAAAAAGGGCUUCGAGCUUUUGUCUCAUUUGUUCGGUCAUACAAGGAGCAUCACUGCUCGUUCAUUUUCAGGUGGAAAGGGCUUGAAGUUGGAAAGCUGGCCAUGGAGUAUGGAUUACUCCAGAUCCCAUCCAUGCCAGAAGUGAAGCACAAUAAUCUUUCACUAAAGGGAUUUUUUCCACUUGGCAACAUCGAUUUUUCACAAAUCAAGUUCAAGGAUAAAACUCGAGAGAAACAGCGCCAGAAGGCAUUGAAAAGAAAAGCUGAAGAACUAGCAAAUGAGCCGCCAGUCCCAGAGAAGAGGGUACCUCGGGAGAGGCCCGAUAAGCCGAAGCGCAAGCAGACGGGCAAGCAGCGCCAGACAAUCCAGACAAAGGAGGACAUGGAUGAGCUGACAAACGAGUACCGCCUCCUGAAGAAGCUGAAGCGUGGAGUGAUCGAUGAAGACGAGUACGAGAAGCUCACUGGGUUUGGAGGCUCAGACGGUGAAGGCUCGGACGGGGACGCGGCCGGCAAGGGCAAAGGGAAGGAGAGGCGCAGCAAGGAGCAGAAGAAACUCAAGCAGAGAGGAGGAAAGACAGGAGGCAGGAGAUUUGAAGUAAAGAGUAAACUGAAGAGCAAGAGAAGAUGAAAAUGUAUGCGCAUCUUUGGAAGAGAUUUUGCCAGUUUAGUUCGUUUUUUCGGUUCAUGGUGAAAUUUUCACCGGAGAAGAAACAUGCCUUGUGCCAGUGUAGCUUUGCGUAGUUUAGUGCGAGGCGGUUUUCAUGUUCACACGAAAAUGAAAUCUUGGCGCGGCAUUUUAUCUUGUGUGUCAUUCGAAACAAAAAAUAGAAGGGAUCUUGUGUGUCA